UUUAACUAUGAAGCUGAAUCUUAAGAGCUGUUCAGACCCAAUAUUACGCGGCUUGCACCUUUCCUUAGUAUUACGACAACAGCUGUCGACUACACCGUCGUCAGCCGCUGCAUUUUGCAGCCACACUCUUGUGCCUUAUUGCUAGCUGCUUAAUACACUGGCUUAAAGACGACUAGAUUAGAGCUGGGAUAUGGGAUUGGGGUUGUUAUUCAAGGGGUCUGUCGCCCCUGCUGCUGAGGACGACCCGGAAGCGCUUGCAGAGGAACACGAGCGCCGUGGUUUGACCGCUUGGGUGAAGAGGAACCCCGCACUAUCUAUUGCUGGCAUUGUCUUGCUUGUCUUGGGCAUAAUUGCGGCGGUAGUGGUUCCUGUCACUUGUUCUCUUCAUGGAUGCCCACCUAAGCAACCAGAGGCUGCCAAAAGCCCCCUCUACGACGGGGCGCCACUCCGUCUGGUCGCUGCGUUCCUCGAUGACAAAGAUGUCUUGGACUUCGUCCCAGCCAUCUUGCAACAAUAUACGUCGCGGGUUAAAAUGGAGCUGUCAAACCUCCAAAUUUUAGAAGCACUGGACGAAAGUGUGCUGGAAAUUGUGCUUGCGGAGGUAAAGAAGUACUCAGGUCUGGAUUUUGUGGUACGGGAUUUCAUCUUGCGAGCUCCCAACAGCUCGACGACUGCGCGCGCAGCAAAAGACAGCAGCAGCACCGCUUUGGACGAUGCAACUGCGGACUCCAACUCCAGCAGCAGCAGCAGCAGUCCUCCAUCGGACGAAUCCACCAGCGCAACAAAUAACAGCAGCAGCAGCAACUUACGCCGCAGUCGCCUGCAAGCUACAACCACUGCAACCACCACCACAACCACCACCACCAACUACUCUCUGAACGACCCGGGCCUGACACUCAACUCCAGUUGGUGGUUCACUCGCAUCAAUGUGACCGGUGCCUGGAGCCAGCUGGGGCUGAGCACCUCCGCGCCCCAAACACGCACCAGCGAUGUCGUCAUUGCCGUCACCGACAGCGGCGCCCUGGUAACCCACCCCGACCUCACCUCCUCCUGGUGGGUGAACCCCGGCGAGACGGACGGAGACCUCCGUGACAACGAUGGAAACGGCUUCAUUGAUGAUGUGUACGGCGCUUGCUUCUCAACCAAGCAGUGUUCGCCCACUUACACGGGCAGCAACGUGUCACGAUGCGGCAUAGGGCCCUCCACAGCGGCUUGGAAUGGAGUGACGGAUAAGAUUGGACAUGGGACGAAGAUUGCUGGGUUGAUUGGCGCGCGGCCGAAGAACGGGAUUGGUGUAGCGGGUGUAGCGCCGAACUUGAGACAGAUGAUUCUCAAGGUUACGGACGAGACAAUCGACCCGGCCAACCCGCCGUACGCCUACAGCGAUGUCGUACGGGCGGUGGAUUACGCGUACGGCAAGGGGGCGCGGAUCUUCUCCAUGAGCUUCGGCAACGACGCGAAAUAUAGCAUGAACCUCGUGAACAAGCCUGCCCUGGACGCUGCUGCCUCCGCUUACCGCAACCUCUUUAACCGCUACAACAACGCGCUUUUCGUGGCGGCUGCGGGCAACGAGUGGACCAACCUUGACUCCUGGCGCGCCGCCAACUACACCUACUCCCCCUGCAUGGUCGACACCCCCAACACGCUGUGUGUGGGCGGCACGGCGGCGCCCGACGCGCUGUUCUACAGCCUGGUGCUGGGGCAGCAGGUGGGAACCAACUGGGGUCCCACAACCGUGGAUCUGGCUGCGCCGGCGGCCAACAUCUACACCACCGACCUGAGCUACAGCAACUACUACAGCACGGUGAACGGCACCUCCUUCUCUGCACCCAUCACCGCGGCGGUGGCGGGACUGGUGCUGGCGGCGCUGGGGGGGCAGAGCCGAGCCACCUCCACCACGCCGCUGCAGAUCAAGAACAUCCUGCUCAGCAGCGGAGACACCGUGCCCGCACUGCAGGGUAUGUUCCGAAGCGCUCGGCGGCUGAAUGCGGGCAAUGCGGUGGCAGCUGCGCUGACCCUGGCGGCAACCAACCGCACAGUCCUCAAGAUGGAUCGCACCGUGUCCAGCCUCAACGCCAGUGUGGCGCUCCAGGGCUGGGAGUACUACUGGUGGAGUGGCACAGCGAGUGACGCCAGCUUUGACGCGUUCGGCUCGGACUGGACCUUCAUUGACUACUACGUGCGGGGCCAGCUCAAUUCCAACUUCAACGUGUUCCGCUACGGCUCCCAGACCUUCACACUCGCCACCGCCCUCGUCCGGAUCGACACCCCGGGGGUGGUCAGCCUGCAAGCGCGCACCUCCGCCAUCGACCCCACCCGCUGGCAGCUGAGCCUGGGCGAGAACGUUAUGCUGUGGAAGUGGGCCAACAGCAGCUUUGGCAGCGUGGAUGUGCUGUUCCCGUCCGCUGGCUACUACAACAUGACAUUGCGGCUGUACUGCGAAUACGGCACCACCAUCAACCUGCUAUGGCAGCUGCCGGGCGCCUCCAGCUUCACCUCGCCCUCCAUCUUCUGGGUCGUGCACGAGGACCCCCCGAGUAGCCGAUACUACGACCCAGGGGUCACUCCCAGGCCGGCCCUCUGGCACGUUGUGUGGAACGAGGCCUCCGACUUUGACGACUUCUCGGCUUCUGGCAAUCGAGGCUACUUCGUCCUGAACAGCAACCCGCAGCUAUACCGCGACGCACAAGCCACCGUGACAGAUUUCUCGUUCACUACCGGCACUGAUCUGCGCAACGCAUUGUACGGCACCAACGGUGCGCCCUCCAACAACCAAACCGUUGUGUACGGCUACGCGCGCGCCAACCUUCGACCGCUCAACUUCUCUUCGGGCAUCAGUUUCCGCAUGCAGGGCCCCCACACGCGGCUGUACAUUAACGGCCAAGGCAUUUUCGACUUGCAGUCCGACUCGCAGCUGCAGACCGUCACGCCCUGCGUGACACUACGGAACGGCACAGCGCAUGAAAUCUACUUCUACUUUGCUGCAAGGGUCAACUCAAGUAACCCGGUGGGCCUCACCUGGGCCUCCUGCACCGCCUCCAGCGUACCCAGCGGGAACAGCGGAGCAUACGCCUCCAUGACCUCGAGCCUUGCCACCAACUUCUUCUGGCAACCCACCAACAUCACCAGCCUGCCCCGCGGCUUCCGAUGCGACGCCUGGCCCGCCAACCUCACCGUCAGCGCAGUAGGUACGACACCCCAGUACGGCACCCCUGCCAAGCUGACGUGGAUGUACCCCCGAGACUGCCCGGCGGCCAACAGAGUCACCAGCGGUAGCGUUAGCGAGUGUAGAAUGGCGACGGUGCUUCAAACGCUCUUUCCGAACAUCACUUGGAACGUGUGGAGCAUUCGUUGCUUCACCUACUACGCAGCAAGCAUUUCCGGCGGUAAGAGUCGCGCUCAGAACCUGGGAGGACCUGUGUUCCAGCACUUGGCUGGGGUUCGAGUGUACGAACAGUGGGGAGACGGGCUCAGCUUUGCCAGCAUGGCUCCUGCGAAAACGCGGUUUGGGUCGGUGCUGUAUCAGUUGUAUGUGAUUGAGUGGGUUGCCAUGGGCCAGAUGUGGAAUCGGCUGGCGGGGCAGACGGUGUGGGACGGGACGCUGGAUGCGGGGAAUAGCUCAUCAAUCCUGACCACGAACUCGAAUGCCAUGAUUCUUCCGGCUGCGGCGCUUGCGCCCAUGAGCUGGCAGGAUGUGACCAGUGUGUGAGGAGGUAGAGGGGGCAGAGGAGGAGGUAGAAAGAGAAUGUGCUUUUUGGGGAAGAAGAAAAGGGGGUAGGAAAGGAGGGGGUAAAGAUGGGAGUUUGUGCAGUGGAUGGAUUAAGAAGGCGAUACGGGUGAUGGAAGGCGUGUGGUAAGGAGUAUGAGACGUGGGCUUGGGGAAGCUUUGAUGAGGGAGAUGUGCCAUAGGGAGUGGUUUAGAGGAGGCACAAAGCAGCUGCGAUGGUGUGAUAAAAUGUGAUCUGUGACGUCGCAUGGGUUGUACAUAAAGUUCAUUUACAGAGGGGAAGCAGUACAUAUAAUGCGGUGCAGCGCGUGGUGGUGCCUCUAAACCGCUGUAUAGCAGUAACAUGGGAUAUAGGUUUGGUAAGGAUUGUAUGUGUGUGCGCCGCACAUACACACGUUAAGGCGCUGAAAAGUACCGUAUGACGAUUUUGAGGAUGUGAAGGACAAGGGGCUGCAGCGACAUGGGGCUCACCAGCGGAAUUCCGUGCCGUGUGGAGGUUACGGCGCCGCUGAGAUGAGAUUCUGCACGGCCGUCUACAGCAUGACCGUACAUAUGCCAUAGUUAAACACAAGCACAAUGUAAGCUCUUAGAGGAGGAUGAGAUGUGUGCAUGCAUGGCUUUUUCCUGCCGCCAUCGUCUUUGUUGACGGUUGUUGCCUGGCUGUUGUCGCUCCUAGGGAACGCUCAGCCCUUGCACCGCAUGUGCUUGGAACCGGUAAACAUUAAUUGAUUACAGAUUGGUAACAAGUUGGUGACUUUGGGCCUGCUCAGGCUCCUAGAUUUUGUGCCUAUCGCGGUCCUCUGCUGUGUUGCGAUCUAGGAGGGGUCCGUAGGCAUGCAUUUGUACAUCUAUGAUUUGCGGCGUGCGCAUAGGGGUUCGAGGCUCAGCGUGCCUGGAUCCUUAAACAGAUAUGGGUACGCCGAAGAGGACGUGCCAAGAGAUUAUCCUCGGCUGUGCCGGCGUUAUUUAUCCUCUUGGAUCAGGGCUGGCGGUAUCCAGCCCUGCUGCUACCUCCAAUGUUUGUUCCUGCUUUCACGGCCCCCUAACCAGAUGCUCAAUGGAUGCCGGUUCUUAACAUUCGUUCUUUUUGCCUUAUGUUGCUCAUAUAAUGGCGGACCGUCUCUCGUGCGGGCCUGUGCUGUAGCUUGUUUUACAUCAAGAACUGAAUGGGCAGGGAGGUGACCCAUGGGACAUCCCUGGUGCGAUUCUCAUAUAACAACCCGCCCUUGCAAGUUGCAACCGAGAAUCAUGUUGUGAGGCCCCAUCGCUGCUUGUUCGCCGCUAUCCUGCUACAAGGCUAGUCCCAAGCAACCCCUGCUGGUUCCUCUGCCUUGCAUUGAAGAACGGGAGCAUGCAGGAUUUGGGCAUGCACGACGGCUUGGCUGGGACCAGCGCUAGUGCUAGAGCGUAAGGGAGGGCCUUGACCUCCGCAUGUCAGGCGGAGGUCCCGUUGG